UCCGGGUUAGCGGGCUGGUUCAGGCUGGCGGGGCCGCGGUGUGGGUCCCCGGGCGCUCGGCCAUGAAGCUGACUCGGAAGAUGGUCCUGUCCCGCGCCAAGGCCUCGGAGCUGCACAGCGUGCGGAAGCUCAACUGCUGGGGCAGCCGCCUCACAGACGUCUCCAUCUGCCGGGAGAUGCCCAGCCUGGAAGUGAUCACACUCAGCGUCAACAGCGUCUCCACCCUGGAGCCCGUGAGCCAGUGCCGGCAGCUGAGCGAGCUCUACCUGCGGAAGAACCGCAUCCCCAGCCUGGCCGAGCUCUUCUACCUGAAGGGCCUGCCGCGCCUGCGCGUGCUCUGGCUGGCGGAGAACCCGUGCUGCGGCCCCGACCCGCACCUCUACCGUAUGACCGUCCUGCGUAACCUGCCGCACCUGCAGAAGCUGGACAACCAGCCCGUGACCGAGGAGGAGCUGUCCCGUGCGCUGCUGGAGGGAGAGGAGGUCUCGGCCCCUGGCAUUGAGGGCGCAGGGAACGGUGGGUCUGAGCUCUCCUGCUCCCUGAGUGCCGUGGACACCAGCGCUGAGACCCGGCAGAACACAUUGAGCUGUGGCGAGGAGGAGACGAGCGUCCAGAGCCAGCUGGGCCUGAAGCCGCCUUCCCGGGAGCGGUUUCCUUCCUUCUCGCAGAGGGACGCCGUGAGCGGUCACAAGAACAGGGUGAGUGUGACCCGGGGACAGCCCGGGCUGGAGGCAGCGGCCACUCCCGCCGCCCGGCAUGUGGAGGUUGGGGCCGGAUGGGCUGUAGACACCCAGGGACCCAGGUUUGAGAAGCUGGCUCUGAGCCGGACCAGAGAGGGUGUCGGGUGUCCAGGCCAGUAAAGAAGGAGCAGCCCCGGAGCGAGAGGGGAUCCCCGAAGCAGCGUGCGGGCCGCUCCGUGCCGCACACGGGACCGGGUCCGCCCGCGUCUGGCUUGGGGGUGGGAAGGCGGCUCGAUCAGCCGCUGACGCUGCAGGGGUGCUGCUCGCAGGGGGGCCUCCGUGUCCCGGCAGGGCAGCUUCUGUGGCAUCGUGGCUCCUGAUGGUCCGUAAGGAGUAACAGGUUCAAGGAGUAGGAUAUGUGGGCAGCUCCGUCCAACAUGCCGGACCUUUCCAAGCAUUUGCCUCCUUGUUAUUCUGGCCGGUCCUGGGGCUUGUUCCCUUCCUGGUCACCGGGUUGGCCGUCUGUUCCAGGCGCACACCCAAGAGGAGAGGGGCCGUGUCUUCCCACAUGUGUCCUGAUGGGCCGGAAAUCCUCCCUGUGGACCCACACCGGCAGGACGGGCAUCAUCAGCCAGAGUGGCUCACAUCCCGAGUGUGGCUGGCAGAAGGGGUCGCCAGCGCUAGCUUGGCCCAGUGGGGCCGUUGCCUAUCACGUGGGAGGAGGGCUGCCCGAGCAGAGCCGGGGCCUGAGGGAGGCCCGUGACCCGCUGUUCCCUGCUCCCAGUGGCAGGGUCUGACCGGAGCUGUGGGACCAGCGUGCACAUGGGAAGGGCUCCACGGGCGGGGCUGGGGGCUGCCAGCACCCCCUCAAGGAACUUAAAAAGCUUGUGGGCAGUGCAGAGGGGGAUGGACAGAGGCCCUGUCCUUGGGAGGGGCCAGCCCGUCCUCCAGGAAAAGUGUCCCACAGAGCCACUGACAAAAGUGACUGUGGGCUGCAGGCCAGUGUAGGCGGCUGUCCCUGGGCCUGAGGCCCAGCCCUGCACAGGUCACUGUCCUCCGCAAGGUCCGUGCACGUGCUCCCCAGCACCUUCAGGGAGGAGCCCCCCGACAGCCCCCGGGGCUGGUCGGCCUCUGCCGAUGAGGCAAGGCCCAAAGGACCCGCCUCCCCACGUGCAGGCGUCUGCAGAGCAUCCGGGGGUUGGAGGGGGGUAGCCUCGAGAUUGAAUCACUGAUCUGGAAAGUCAUGGAACCCCUGGAGCAGACAGAGCCGCUUCUGGGGACAGAAGGGAAGGCUGUGGCUCUGCUCCGAGCAGGGAGCAUGGCUCGGUCCUCCCACGGGAGGUCCUGCAGGCCCAAGUGGGAGGAUGCAGGUGGCCAGGGAGGCCACACCAGUGUAGGGGUGCGGGGGGAACAGGACCCUCGAGGGUUGCUAAGGCCAGGGGUUAGCACCGUGGGGCGGGUGGGGGCUCUGGUGCUGAGCCCCACUGUGACCCUCUGAGCCGACGUCACGUUGCUGCCGUGCACUCCGGCUCACAGCCAGCUCUCCUCGCAGGACGAGCCAGCUCGAGAAGCCCGUGUGCAAAAUACCCUCUCGCUCAGGCGCAGAUAGAAACCACAUGCACACACGUGACACACACGAGCGUGCGCGCAUGUGUGUGUGUGUGUGAGAGAUCACACGCUCCCGAGCACUGAUCCCUACUGUGUGGCCGAGGGCCAGUGGCUUAAUCUCUCUGGGCAGUCCCUGCAGGCUCCGUCUACCUGAGUCUCUGUCCGUGUCUGUCCGGGUUGCCUGGAAGGUGACUUGCCCGCAGUGUCCAAGUCAGGGUGGGGCCCUCAGCCGGUGACUCUGUGCCCCCAGAACAACGUGCUGAGCGCCGUCCUGCUGCUGCUGCGGGAGCUGGACACCGAGGGGCUGGAGGCCGUGC